AUGUCGACCCGCACCAAGAGCUUCUUUGAUACAGACCAGCGAAUGGUAUUACAGCCUGGGCCCCAACCCAUGCAAGUCAUAUUUGAACGCCCACUGACACACACAACACAGCCAAGGCCGGGACAAUGGAGCAGGAGACCGCAUGCUCAGCCCGCGCGAAACGAGGCUCCCGCCAAUGUUCCUCCACCGAAACCGCCGAUACCCGCAACGACGCAAGCGAAGUCGAAACUGCAAGCCUUCCAAUAUGCGCCCGAUGAUGAAGGCCAGAUCGUAGCUGCUCAAGAAGAUGAUGUGUCGGGCGAGAAUCAACAGACGACGGAUGGCAGUAGCAACGCCGCCCAGUCGGCUCCCGAUGAAUUGGUGAAUGGUAGCUCAAGACAAGCGCCGAGUCUGCCACAUGCGAACACCUUUCCGUGCACUCCAGGCGCCAGACUACCUCUCGAGGAUCUGAUCGGAAAUUGCGACGAGGCUCAGCGAGAAGAGCCGGUGUACUACUCGCCCGAGGAACAACUCGGUUGGAACCCGAAUUCAUCUGGCCUCACGCCGAAUCAAAGAAAGAGGAAACGCGCCAAGAGCUCUUCGCCUGCAUGUCCGACAACGUCCUCACAGGACAAGACAUCCGCUUUCUUCGGCGACGGGGGUGCGCCGUCGACUGCGAAGAGGACACCGGCAGCCGAUCCAGCUGCUGAUCUGUGGCAGAGAUAUGCCAACGGGAGGCAAAGUGGCGAAAGACUGAAGCCUAACGAGGUCGGCAGUCUGAUGUUCCUUGGCUCUCCGCGGCCAAUGGAGACUCCCAUUAAGAGCGGCCCUUUUCGAAGGUGGGCAAGCACUGGAAACGAUUGGCCGAGCACCAAGAACAAGAGGAGAUGCACGGCAGGCGGACAAGGGACAAGCGUCUGGCAGGAUCAGACUGCGAUAGAGUCUGGCGGCAAGAGCAAAGUUGCGACGAUGGUGCAGAGGAUACAAGAGACGCUGGCGUCCCAAAGACUCGAGAAGGAGAGGCAAACAUCGCAGCCCCAUGUAGCUGAAGGCCCCUCUAGCUCGAGCCCCCUACCAGAGAAGGGAGCAGAGAACUUCCCAACGCCUGGUGCUGUCAGCCCUCUCCAAAUUAGACAGCCCAACAUACGAAGCCCUCCGAAGGUACAUCCUCGAGCCCCAGAGCCGAAGUCUAGACCGCCCAGUCAAGGCAUCCGAACAACACAAUCGGGAGGGUUUCGUGUGGAUCUGUCAAAGCCAGUCGGCGAUCCUUUGAAUCCGAGCUCCACAGGACUCUACCUGCAGAGCAAAGCAAAAUUGCCAGCAUACAAGAGACCUUCGAUCACGCGACCUCUCAGCCAAACAAAGGUGAAGCAAAUAAUAGCGCCCCCCAUCGCGGCCACAGUAAGCAAAGAUUUUGACGAGUUUGGAGACGAUGCAUUUGACUUGACCGCCGACGAUCUGGACGAGCUCUUGUCCCAGAAGCCGCUCGAACAGAGAUCACUGUACGACAUACCGCAGCAUCCAAAUCCGCACCGACAAUCUGAGGGGACGAGCGUGCAGCCAUCGAAGCCGACAGUACCACGACAGACGAUCACUCUUGCCGACGAUGAUGACGAGUUCGGAGGCGAUGACAUAGACGAGGAGUCUUUUACACAGGCCGAGUUCAGCGCGACACAGGCGCACAGGGUCAGUCAACAUUUCUGA